AUGCUCAGCGAUUACAAGAAAUCAGUGGUGUCGCUAUGUGAGGGUCGCGUCAGAUCUGUUGGCAACUUGAAACACGUCGUGACAGGGUUACGCAAGGGACGCAAGGCCCUCCAGCCUCGUCAUUGCAUGGGAAAGUUUGAACCUGUGGGUCUCGCUCUCUGGGGGUCCACCUCUUUCGUGGCGUCGUCGCAACGCCUGAGGCUGGGGCCAUUCCCCUACUGCACGGCUUUAACCAAGGACACACUUGAGGAGGGACAGCACAAGCUGUGCAUCAAGCUCCAAGUGGGUUCGGCGACAGCCAAAGAAACCACCUGGCAUCAACCAUCCUUUGGUCGCCCUUCGCUCUCCGGCACCGCCCGUCGAUUCCGACAACACCACGAAUUUGCGCAAUACUAUCAGAACACGAUUGAGUCAAGCUCCGUGGCAGCUGGCAAAGAACCCCUCGCAGCAAGGGCGCAUUCAAAUCGAGCCAGAGCAGGUGCCUCAAUCCAAGGGCAAGGGAUCGUCCUCAUUGCCCCUCCACCAACGUCCAACCACAACAUGUCCUUCACGAAUGCGCCAGUGACGCGCACCCUCGUUCUUGGCCUUGUGACGAGCUCCAUUGCUGCCAGCUUGCUUGACGUCAAGCAUUACUUCUACAUUGUUGUAGACACCCAUUUAUGGCGCUAUCAUCAGUUCUGGCGCCUGCUGGCGUACCAGCUAUGCUGCACCAACUCGAGCGAGGUCCUCUUCGCAUCAAUGACUCUCUACCACUUGAGGGUCGUUGAACAAAUAUGGGGAUCAAGGAAAUACGCUUCAUUUGUAGCUGUAUCAGCUCUCUUCACUGCAGUGAUACCUCCUGUUCUACUGUCCAUCAUACCACGGACAUUGACCGCGGGUCUAUUCAACUAUAUGCCAGCCGGCCCUACCCCGAUCAUCUUCGCUAUCCUCGCGCAAUAUCAUGCUGCGAUCCCCAAUAUCUACCGAUAUCGCGUCGCGGCUUCCGCAGCUCCGCCCACUAACGACCAAUUUGUCGGAUUGACUUUCUCUGACAAGACGUACCGCUACGCUCUCGCUCUACAGUUGGCACUCUUCCAGUGGCCGGGUUCACUGCUGGGAGCUGCGGUCGGUUGGAUUGUGGGACACUCGUGGAGGAACGACUUGCUACCAGUUGCAUUGACAAAAUGGCGCCUUCCCGGGUGGAUGGUCGGAGUCAAGACACCGAGAAGAAGGACAGAAUUCGAGGGUCUUCGAAGGCGGUUGGAGGGUCUGCGAGAACACUUAUUCGGGAGUAGUUUGUUCUGCGUUUCCGAGAUUUCACAAAGACUCUCUACCAAGUACCAAGGACCUGCCUUCAACCGUCGGGAGGACAUUAUGCAUUAUCUCUCAAGCUAUGGCAAAUGCAGCAAGACUCCAGUCUGGUCCUGCAAAUGGUUAGGAGUAUGA